GCGCGCACUCAGAGACUCGCAUCAGCAACACAAGAUGGGCAACGUUCAACCCACAAUAACUCCUUUUGAGGACUUUGAUGUGGUGGCAGAUAUCAAGGCUAUUCGUAAAGCCAGCAAAGGAAUGGGGACAGAUGAGGAGACCAUCAUUUCCAUUCUAACUAACCGCUCUGCAGCCCAGAGGAUGGAAAUUAAACAAGCAUACUUUGAAAAAUAUGAUGAUGAGUUGGAGGAGGUGUUGAAGAGUGAACUCACAGGAAACUUUGAGAAUGCCAUUGUAGCCAUGCUGGACCCACCCCAAAUCUUCAUGGCUAAAGAACUGAGGAGAGCCAUGAAGGGUGCAGGCACGGAUGAGGAUGUGCUGGUGGAGAUCCUCUGUACCAGCACCAAUCAGGAUAUUUUAAAUUGCAAAGAGGCAUAUGUGCAAGUGCAUGAGCGAGAUCUGGAGGCUGACAUUGAAGAUGACACUAGUGGAGAAGUGCGAAAUCUUCUGGUGUCUCUCUUACAGGCCGACAGGGAUGAGUCUUAUGAAGUGGAUGAGGGACUGGCUGAGCAAGAUGCUACAUCGUUGUUUGAAGCAGGGGAAGGUCGCUUUGGAACAGAUGAGUCCACUUUCACCUACAUCCUCACUCACAGGAACUACCUUCAGCUUCAGGCCACAUUCAAGAUUUAUGAAACCCUCUCUGGCACAGAUAUUCUGGAUGCUAUAGACAGUGAGGCUGCAGGAACAUUGAAGGACUGUUACAUUACCCUGGUGAGAUGUGCUAAAAACCCGCAGCUGUUUUUUGCACGUCGCCUGAAUGCUGCCAUGAAGGGAGCAGGAACAGAUGAGGAUACACUCAUACGAAUUAUUAUAGGACGCUCUGAGGUGGAUUUGGAGACCAUAAAGGACAUGUACUUGGAGAAAUAUGAUGUUACUCUAAAGGAUGCCCUGUGCUCUGAGUGCGGCGGUGACUUCAAGCGGCUCCUAAUAGAAAUACUUCACUGAGUUGCCUACAGGGGGAGCCAGAGAGUCAACAUGUAACCUUACUUGAUAUAAAAAUGCACUAGCAACACUGCCUAUGUAAACUACACAUCCAAUCUGUUAGAAUCACCUCUUUCUGUACAAAGGGAUCACUGAAUAACACAUGUAUUUAGACAUACAUGCUUUUUGUAAAUGCAUUUUACAAAUGAAAAACCAUCUUACAACAUUGUCAUAUCAUUCUGUUUUGACAAACCAGAUUUCUAUUGCAUUUUAUUUUUAUUUGACUUCUGCGUUGACUCAUUACAUGUGCCUUGAAAAGUCUGAAAAACUCAUGACAUUCAGUGUUCAUCAUUUCUUUUACAGAACAAGCCAUGGUGCACAAAGGGUGAUCCUUCAUUUAACAAUCUCUUCUUAUACAGGUUCUUAUCUUUGUACGUUGUCAAUUUAUCCAAUAAUAACCAAAUAGUACAUGUAUUAUGUUAGAAGUCUAUAGUACAUACUAAUAUCACAGCAUAUAAUCUAAUCAUAUCAUAAUAUUACGAGCUGCUAUCUGAAGGGCAAAGAUGGUCCUUCAGUCUUUGAUGAUGCUUUUUAACACUGGUCAUUUAUUUGAGCAGCAGUUGUUGUGCAAUUGUGACUGUUAAUAUUCUAAAGCAACAUUGUGUCUUUAUUAUCACAAAGCUUCAGUAUAUACCUAUUUUUAUUUAAUGAUGUUUAAAGGACUGUGGAUAGAUGACAUAUUGGAUUAGGGAACAAUAUUCCAACAGAAGUCAAAGAGUGCAUAUUAUUAAUAAAGCAUGUUGAAUUAGACUUAAUACACAUUUGUUUGAUGCAUGUUCUGCUUGUAAGUUUAUAAAAAGAACAACAAAAAUAAAUUUGUCUGC